AUGAGCAAGCCUUCGUCUUCAUCGAAGCGGGGUGUUGCGCAAGAUGUCGGCGACUCGUCCCGCACAUCGCGACAGCAUUUCAGCUCGCCAACCAGUAGCCGAGACGCUGAUCGUCGUUUUAGUGCAUCCUACAAUCGCCAGCCCACGUCAUUUGAAGACUACAGCAUUCCGCCACGGCGCGGGAGUGUCGCGCCAUCCUCUCUUGGGUCCUCUGUACACGUUGAAGAUGAAAGAGAUGUUCAGGACUUUGAGAAGAAGGAUGAUGAAUACAAGGCGCGUGACCGCGGCGAGGCUCUGAUUCGACAUCGUAUGCGCGAGCGGAAGCGAGAAAAGCUGAUGAAGCACAGCGACGCCAGAAUUGUAUCACUUCCCGGAACACCGGGGAGCAGUAAUAGUCAGUCGACUCUGUCGGCUUUUGACGAAGAAACGGUCUCUGCGAAGGACAAGAGCGCGCUUCGUACAAGUAUCAGCACUGUGCGCGAAGGCAAAGAGCCUGCGCAGGACAAUGAAGGCAGCGAUCAGACCGCUAUGCGUGACGAUGACCCAGAGUUUGAGCCCGCUGCGCGCUCUGACUGCGACGAUUUGGAGUAUACACUCAAAGACCGUCAAGACGCGCUCAACUUUGAGCAUCCUUUCGGCCUGCCCAUCUGGAAACCCGCGCUGUACAAAAAGUCUCGCUCCAUCACCAGGAAUGCAGAAACUGCAUUGAAAAGUGCGCCGGGGCAACAGCUUGGGUACCGCGCUGUUCCUGGAAAUAUCCUAUGGCUCCUCUUCUUUGGCAUUUGGCUUGCUGCGCUAUGUUUCGUUCUCUCCACUAUCUUAUAUCUGGUACCGACCGGUGGCCGCUUAUACUCACGCGUGCUGUUUGGCCUUGGCUCGUACAUUCUGUGGCCGUUUGGCAACUACGUGGAAGUGGAAUGCUCGCACGUGUGCGGGCAUCGCCAUGGCCCAUUGCACAUGCUUCACGUUCACGAGCACAAUCUGAAUGACAAUGACCAAGAUACGACACAUGCCGACGGAGAGAAUGAAUCCACUUUGCUACUUUCUGUUAAUGGGGCUGAUUCAGCAUCUGACUACAACUCCAUUCAUCCUCAUGACAUGGUGCCCGACGACAAUAUAACAUCAGAAGAGGAACGCAUUGCUGCCGAGCGCGGUGUAUAUCACUACGUGUAUGACGAACAGGGUCGUGAUAUUGGCGUGUCGAAGCGCUGGGCGGGGAUUAUCGUCUAUGCUUUCUUCUACGUGUUUGUCAUAUUUCCCACGCUCGGCCUCGUCUGCCUGCUUUGCUGGGCUCUGGUCAUUACCGUACCUAUGGGAAAAACAUUGUGGGUGCUGCUCAAAAACUUGGCCAUCCAACCGCUUGCUUUGCACUUCCGUUCCCCACUCCAAAUUGAUACACGGGUCAUGCGUGUCGCAGAAGAAGACAGCGGAGAGGAUUCUCAGCGCGUUCCCAUGCUACGAGUCGGUCAAGUGGCACCUCAACUCAAAGCCAAGCACCGAAAGAAGGGUACAAGCAAACGUCGCAGUGUAAUUUUGUUGUGCAAUUACAGUGCCAUGGGCUUCAAGUACUUUAAAUAUACAAUUGGUGGCGUGAAUAUCUUGUUUAUCAACACACUUCCAAUUGUGUUUCUCGUGAUUCUAAACUUUUUCGUGAUGCGUCCCAUUCUCAAACAGCAUGGCGUGACCACCGGCUUGCUUGCUUUCCUUGCGAGCGAUGAAUUCAUCUUUCUUAUGUCGCUAGCGAGCGUCAUGCCGCUUUCUUACUUUAUCGGUAUGGCCGUCGCCAGCAUCAGUGCGCAGAGCAGCAUCGGUAUGGGCGCUGUGAUUAAUGCGACGUUUGGCUCCAUCAUCGAGCUCUUGCUCUAUUCGAUUGCAUUGGUUCAAGGGCGCUCCAACUUGGUGGAGGGGUCGCUCAUCGGCUCGAUCCUCGCUGGUGUAUUGCUCUUACCUGGCAUUAGCAUGUGCUCUGGCGCAACACGUCGCAAAGAGCAAAAGUUUAACUCACAAUCUGCGGGCGUGACGAGUACGAUGCUCAUUAUGGCGAUCAUCGGAAUACUUACACCCACCAUAUUCUAUCAAAUUUAUGGCACGUUUGAGCUAACGUGCAGCGGGUGUCCCGACCAAGUACAAGCAUCCGAAGACAGCUGGAAGUGCACACGCUGCUCGUACGAGCACAUUCCCACAGUAUUGGACUCGUUUUUUCAGACGAGCGUCAAGAAUCUCACGUACACCUGCGCUGUCAUUCUAAUGCUAUCGUAUGGCAUUGGCAUUUGGUUCUCGCUGCGCACCCACGCUUCCCAAAUUUGGAACAAUGCACCACCGGCGCCGAUCAGCACGCAGGCGAAUAUGAGUGAUAUUCAGGCCAGCUUGCCGCCUGGGCUCCAUCGCGCUUCUGUGUACAAGCGACUUCUUCCUCCCAAUUACUUACAACAAAUGCUUCCUUCGUAUAAUGAGCAACAAACGGCGGAACUUACACGUGCUGCAGAGUCUUUGCACGAUGCACCCGCCGGCGACCAAGAUACAAGCAAGAAAGCGAGUGCGGAUGACUUGUUUUUGGACGGCGUUGCGCGCGUAUAUCAGUACAUCUUUAACAAGCAAAAAGCGACUCAACAAAGCGCGGCACAUGGUACAGAGGAAGUCCAGGAGGAGCAUGGUGGACACGAUGCACCGUCGUGGAGUCGCAUGCUGUCUCUUAGCGUGUUGCUUGGCUGUACUGUCCUGUACGCGAUCAUCGCAGAGAUCCUUGUGGAUGUGGUCGAUGUCGUGGUACAAGGAUUUGGCUUGUCGGAGAAGUUUAUUGGAGUUACCAUAUUUGCAUUGGUUCCCAAUACUACCGAAUUUAUGAACGCCAUCAGCUUUGCUCUCCACGGGAAUAUUGCCUUGUCUUUAGAAAUUGGGUCUGCAUACGCACUGCAAGUGAGUCUGAUUCAAAUACCCGUGCUGGUUGGCUUUAGUGCAUGGUACAAUUCCUCUUACAAGUAUCCUACUCCGGAUCUUCAAGAUCACUCUUUUACACUCGUCUUUCCUCGGUGGGACAUUAUUGCCAUCAUCUUUGCGAUAUUCCUCCUCACCUAUACUUAUAUUGAGGCACGGAGCAACUAUCACCGCGGCAGUAUACUUAUUCUGGCGUACACGGUAUUCGUUGCUGGAUUCUACUUUGCGCCUAACCACGAUCCAGACCAAGCUACAGACCCUACGCUAAACUUUGGACGUAGCUGGCGUUUGCAAAAUAAUUUGUCUUAG